ACUCAGUGUGGAAAGAGUUUCUCAAAGAAACAACAUCUUGAGCUUCACAUGAGAGUUCAUACAGGAGAGAAGCCGUUCACAUGUGAUCAAUGUGGAAAGAGUUUCUCAACCAAACAAAAUCUUCAGGUUCACAUGAGAGUUCAUACAGGAGAGAAGCUGUUCACAUGUGAUCAGUGUGGGAAGAGUUUCACACAAAGAGGAAAUCUUAAGGAACACAUGAGAGUUCACACUGGAGAGAAGCCACACACAUGUGAUCAGUGUGGGAAGAGUUUCACACAAAAAGGAUAUCUUAAGGUUCACAUGAGAGUUCACACUGGAGAGAAGCCACACACAUGUGAUCAGUGUGGGAAGAGCUGCACGCGAUCAUCAAACCUUAAAGAACACAUGAGGAACCACACCGGAGAGAGACCGUUCACAUGUCAUCAGUGUGGCAAAACAUUUAGUUGGGAAUCAACCUUCAAGAAACACCUGAGAGUUCAUACAAAAGAGAAGCCACAUUCAUGUUCUGUGUGUGGAAAGAGUUUUUCACAGCUGUCAUAUUUAAAUGAACAUGAGAAAAUACACACUGGUGUGAGAGAGUACAUGUGCUUUGAGUGUGAGAAGACUUUUACUACAGCAAACCAUUUAAAACAGCACCAGAGAAUUCACACUGGAGAAAAACCUUACAGGUGUUCACAGUGUGACAAGAGAUUCAGUCAGUCAGUAAAUCUGAAAACACAUGAGAGGAUCCACACCGGAGAAAAACCUUACAAGUGUUCACAGUGUGACAAGAGAUUCAUUCAGUCAUCAUCUCUGAAAAAGCAUGAGAAGAUCCACAGCAGAGAGAAGCAGCACACGUGUGAUCAGUGUGGAAAGAGUUUCUCUUUUGAAAAUCAGCUGAAGAUACACAUGAAGAUCCAUGCAGUGGAGAAACCACAUCACCACAGUCUGAAAUCACGAUAAGUAGUUCAUCUUUGUGCUCAGCAACAGUGUCUCUUCUGUCUAAGUUUAACAGUCAGAUAUCUCCACAUAUAGUUGGCGCUGUUGCUCUGUGGCUGCUGUUGAAUUAUCCAGAUUGUGGAUGAGGAGAGACCCCGACAUGCCUCAUUCAUUCAUUUAUUCAUAGUUAGCCGUUUUUCAAUAUGUGUUCUUGUCUGUACUUGUGUGAAACAUCAUCAGUCUCUGCCCAAGUACUGUUCCAAUUCAAAGUGCACAUCUAGCUAAGUACAGUUCAAAUCCCAGUAUGUGUUGUUGAUCCACCAUUUUAUCGAGGAUGCAUCGAGAGGUGACUUGUGCGGACUUGAGACAGCCAGCUAUCCCAGAAUGCAUCGCACACUAACCAGCAAGCGUCAAUAGUAAAACAGAAAACCUGUGUAAUUCAAACAUAACUACAGUUAUUAUGUCAUAUGUAGUUUAAAGAGUUUUUCAGGUAAGAAUAUACUGGUUUAAAGCUCAAAUUUGUGGUUUAUUUUUAAAAGUAGUGCCUAUUUGGAGUUUGGGUGCUCAUGUACCCCGCCGAGAACAGCCUAACCUCGGCUAAUCCUUCUGAAAUUUGUCACUGGUUCUGGUGUUUCUGUAGUGGUUAAACAUGAGAUAUAAUUAAUCUUUUGUAAUUUUAACAGGUGAUCUUUGGUCUCAUGAAUCUAUAAUUUGAACUAAAAGUGAAAUCUCAUAACUUUAUAUAGUUAGGCAUUAUAGUUUAUUGUUGUGGCCUACUUGAGCACUGACUUUGUAUGUUUGACUGAAUCGUUUGCUUUAUUUUUUAUUGUAGCUGCUUGUACUUCCAUAAUGGCUAUUAUUGACCAUUAAAACUGACAUUUAACAAAAAGAGUCAGGGUUGUGUUUUAUAUUUGAAGUGUUACAAGCUCUCCUAGUCUAUGGUUGGGAGACAGUAAACAAGAUUAAGUUAAAUUAGAAAGAGAAACAAAACCAAAGAACAUGGUGGUUUUCUUUCAGUCCUCUGCCCCAGAAAUGUGAAUGAGCCACUCAUUUAUAUAAAAUUUAUUUUAAUUAUGCAGGGAAAAUGGAAGCAAACAGUUGUCCAAAACAACAAACAAAAGAAUUACUAACUGUUAGAAUGAAAACUAAAUGACAUAUGCAGGUAAAAGAAAUACACAACAUAGGCUUCUCUCCCUGGCUAACCAAAAACAGGCAUAAACAUUACAAAAGAAAAGUGGCACCCCCUCCAACAGCUCCCUUUAACAUAAAAUGUAUUUAAUAUAAGAAAAUACAAUAACUUUUAGUUACCAAAACAAUGUUAGAAAGAAAAAAAGAAACCACUUCCUGGUAACGAUAGGCCUCAGGGACAAGUUUGUAUGCUAGUAACACUGCAGACUUGACCAUGUCAUAGUCAAAAGAGCUUUCUAUAGGUAGAGAUGAGCAAACUUCCUUUUCCUGUAAGGCUACACUGGAGUAAUAAAGCCCACAUAUCCUUCGGCCACCUUAAUUUAUUAGCAACACAUUUGAAUGCAACAAAGUAAGAGUCGACUUCUGUUUCUCUGAAUGGAGGCACAAGUCUUAUAUACUUACUGGCGUUGAAACUAUCACUAGAGGGUGCAUGCGAAAAAUCCUCAGUGUCUGUACUACCAGCAGUAAGGGUGACCGAUGUAGGUCUAGUAUGUGGAAUUGGAACUGGCUUUACUGUCAAAUGCUGUGCUUCCAAAUCCAAUUUAUGUAACUGGAUAUCUCUAUCAGCCUGCCUCUCCACUACUCUAAGCUUUGUCAUUUCCGCCUCACAAUCCUGUUUUUUAAUCAAAAGAUCCAAUUCCUUUAACUUCAACACAAUCUUUGGAUCUUGAGACAUAACAGAGUCAGAGUUGGUAUUCGCAUCUUCAGCCUCAAAUGAUGCUUCAGACUGAACUUCAACACCUUCCUCCGACUCUCUAGGCAAAAUAC